AUGGGUGACUAUAGUUACGAGCCAACUGUGGUAGGGUUCCAUGAAAAGCUUGAGAAAUUAAAAGAAGAGGGUAAGCAACGAGCACAUAAUUUUUUCAAGGACUUGGCACCUGAGCACUGGGCGAAUUCAUACUUCAAGGGCAUGUGUUAUGGAGAGAUGAUAUCCAAUGCGGCAGAGUCAUUUAAUAAUUGGAUUAAAGAAGGACACAAUCUUUCUAUCACUCAAAUAGUGGACACAAUUCGUACUCAGUUGAUGCAGCAAAUGUCUAAACGGCGUGACCAAGCAAACAAGUGGAAUGAGCUUAUUUGUCCUACAUUCGAAAUAAUGCUUCUUGAUUCGUUCAACAAUAGAAAGUCUUGGCAAGUUAGCAAAGCCAAUGAGGAUGUGCUUAAAGUUCAUUCGAUACCAUCUGUUACAGUUGAUAUUGCAAGGCGUACGUGUUCUUGCUUCAAAUGGCAAAUCAACGGAUUCCCAUGUGACCAUGCUGUUAUUUCUAUUCAGAAGAGCCACUACAAUCUCAAUGAUUGUGUGGAACAUUACUUUCAUAUAGAGACAUAUCGUGCAACCUAUUCGGGUGUCAUAUUUCCUAUACCAUCAAUGAAAAAGCUGCCUUUUGAUCCCACGGACUUCACUAUAUACCCAUCAACUGUGAAAAGACCACCCGAAGGCCGAAAAAGAAUAGAAUCCCAUCAGGGGGUGAGAAACUAA